ACAUAUUUUUAGAAAAAAAUUAUUGCAACAUUUUUCUACACUAAGUAACUAUAAUUUUAAAAUACGUAUUUUUAAUUUAUUGAACAUUACGUUUUAAUAUUUAGAAGUCAUUGCUGUAAUAAUACAAUUAUUAAAACAAAGUAUAUAUUGUAAUAAGUAAAAAAUACAUUUUUGGUUUAACUUCAUAGUUUGUAUCGUCUAAAAAAAUUUUGUAGUUCAUAUUUAACCAGUCACUAUUCAUACAGGUCAUAAAUGUACUCCAGUCACACUGUGACUUAGUCCUUAGUUGAAUUAUUGAAAAUCAGAUUUUAUCUUCAAAACUUGCAUUUUACACUAUUUAUUGCGUUGUAAUUAAGUAAUGUUUAAUAUGGACGAUAAUGAAAGACGUAACAACCAAGCAGUAUUAAACGAGUAUUCAACAAUACAGUCUCCAUAUUUCAAUUAUGAUCCAUCUAUAUUGUCUCAAUCAACCCAGUCUGAAUAUAUAUAUCUUGAAGGGGCUGGUUCAAAACAAAGAGGACGUUUCGAGUUAGCCUUUUCACAAAUGGGUACUUCCUGCUUGACUGGAGCUGUAAUAGGAAGUUUGCGAGGAAUGUAUACUGGCUUUAAGACAACUUCUAUGGAAAAUCAAACUACCACUUAUAAAAGAACACAAAUUUUAAACAACAUAUUUAAAAGUGGCGCACGUCUAGCAAAUACAUUUGGUACAAUAGCAGUUUUUUACAGUGGCAUAGGUGUUAUUUUGCAAAAAACCCGUGAUUGUGAAGAUGAGCUUAAUACUAUUAUUGCUGGAACUGGAACAGGAAUGUUAUAUAAAAGUACUGGAGGCCUUAGAAGAUGUGGUAUAGCUGGAGUAAUUGGAUUUGGUUUAGCAACUACUUAUAGUUUAAUAACAUCUAGAGAAAAAAUAAAAGAAAUCGGAAAAAGUUUAUUUUCUUGAAACCAUUAUAAUACAAAAUACAAUAUUUGGUUUUUUAUAGUCAUGUUUAUUAUGUGUAUAAAAAAAUAUAUUAUGUAGAUUAAAUAAUUAUUUUCAUUGA